UAGCAAUAUAAAAUUUAAUUAUUCAUUGCCUCACCGGUUACCAUGGUUACUAUUUUGACCAUACAUUGCGGCGGUUUUUUUAACGUCGUGUUUAAGCAUGUUUGUAACUUUUCCCGCAAUAUAAAUAUUCCAUGCUGAAAAAGCUAAAUUGUUUACAUUUGUUAGCCGUGAUAUGGUGCAGAACUUAUUCUUAUUUAAAUGGAAUAUCGUGCGAUGAUCCGUUUACAAAAGUGUAUAUAUUUUAAUCAAUAUAUUUAUGCUAUUUGGUUUACUGUUGUAAUAUUCUUCCUGUAUGUAAAGCUUGAUAAGUUGGAUCAUCUAUCUAAGUAUUUAUCUGUGACAUCAUUUGUGUUGCUUUUUAUAAUUGAAGUCACAAGGCUAUACUUGGCUCAUUAUGGAAAUUUGUCUUCCAGAGUACCUGAAUUGGCAGGAUUUCUUAUGCUUACCAUAUUAAUGCAAAUGCCACUAGUUUCAUUUUUUGUUUUCAAUCCAUAUCUCUUAAGUACACAUACAGAAUAUGUACUACAUAUUUCUUUGUUGUUAAUAACUGUAUUGGAGAUAAUAUUUGGGUUUUUAGCUUUAAAUCAUGCAUCAUCAGUUGCUAAAAGCAUUUAUUUGUCACAUUCAAGACAGGUGAAAUAUUAAAAUUAAGGUAACACAAUAUGCUUAAGAAUUCAAUGAUUUUUGUUAAAUAUGACAUAUGUCUGUAAAUAUGACAGCUUAGCUAUAUAAACCCAAUGUACAUUCAGUAAUAAAUAAUUCUUUUAACAAAAAAAUAUUGUUUUAAAUAUCAUAGGAUAUUUGAUUUUUACAGACAUAUGGACUUUGUAAUAUGGUCUUUAACAUACACAUCAAAUUAAAAUCAAAACAAUUGACACAAUCACUAAACUUGUUAUUGUCACAUAAAAAAUAGUGCUAUGUAUAUAUCUGUGGUUUGUAUUAAACUUACUAAACAUGGACAUAAACUAACAAUAUUGACUUAUCAGAGCACCUCAUAUCUAGGGUCGGUAACUUAUUCUAAUUAUGUGCCAGUAUCAAAUAUAAUUUCAUGUUAAAAUAUAUUUUUUUAUAAUUUAGAACUUCAAGUUUAUUUGUAAUGUGUUGCUCCAACAUGUAUUUCAGGCUUUAUAACGAAUUUUUAGAGAUAUAAACCUAAUAGGGACAUCAAUCUAUAUCUUCUUAUAUCAUCCUUAUUACUAAUAUUUCCGAGCAAAAUUUUGAUUUUCUUAUUCAAUGGUUAAGAAUAUUUUUAUACAUGAAUACAAA